CAGAAACAGAAAAUUUUCUUCGGUCCGAUCGAGUUGUAAGUUUGGUAGUGCUGAGAAAAUAUUUAAAUUACAAGUUAAAGGUUUAAAAAACUUACGCGAAAAAAUGUUAAGACAAAAUUUAACACAUUUCUAAAGCUGCUGCAUUGUACGAAGUAAAGAAAUUGCACAGAGAAAGCUAGAAAAUUGGACCAUUACUUAAGAGCUGCACUUAUAAGAGGGCUUUAUGAAAAAUGGGUGCUGAACAUUCCCAGCAACGAGCGGAAGCUGAUGGCCGUGAAUUCUUCGAAGGCGAUACAAGAAACCAAGUCAACCAAUAUGCGGCGACAGGGAGGCCGGCUCCAUUUGUUCAAGGCACAGCAGGAGGUGCAAUAAAAAAGAGGUCUAUGUUACGACAGGGAAGUGCGAGUAGUAAUUCUACUGCCACCAGUAAAUUGAAGCAAUCAAAUGACCCCAUGCCAUCUCCUACAACCUCGGAAAUGAGUCGGCCUUCAUCUCCACCUUUGAGUGUAUGCUCCGAUUUGCCUUAUGUCUCCUAUACCACAGACAGACCGAUCGGUGACUCACCAAAAAUUCGAGGAAAAUCCAGUAGCAGCCCGGCGGCUAACCGCAACUCAUUAGUAUUAAGACGUCCCAAUACAGGAGCCAAACCAAAGAGACCCCAAUCCACCGUGGGCAGUCAUAGCAUAGUCAUUGUUAAGCCUGGUGUCAAAGACCCGCAUGAGGAAAUCGAAACCGAACUGCAACAAUUGCAAAACAUUCCACAAUUUUUACCCGUGCUGAGGGAUACCAUCAAUUCCUCGACCAUUACCAAAGAUGCAGAACUACUCGAGAGACUGGAAAUACAACCACACAUGCUUAACAUCUGUUGUCGCAUGCAGACGCAUUUGAAUAUGUGUGCCAACUUGGUGGCCCAGGAGCAGUCACAUCUGGUGGAGCGCACCAAAGUUGUUAGCAAUUCUAUCACAACAUUAUUUGCCUCUUUUGUGGAUAUGCAAAAAACCUAUGCCGCCUAUGCAGAACAAUUUGCCAAGGUACGCUUGAUCUCAGAGCAGUUGAGUCGCUGCAAUUCAAUGCUAAAUGCGAACUUGGAAAGUCUGGAGACCAUUAACAAUUUCCUGGAUGUUGAGGAUCGUCUAGAUCCCUUUGUGUGGCGUACCGAUGACAACAAAUUGAGAGGAGAAGCCGAGGGUGCAGCAAUGCGCCUCAAAAAAGUAUAGUUCUGGGAAUGACAAUAUCAAUGACAUCCACCCCUUUUGUUUGUUUGAAAACUGUUUGUAAAUUAUUGUAUAAUUUUAGCUAACAUAAAGUUAAGUACACUUAAAUAGUUAUUUAAAGAACGUUGGUGAUACUAUAGGCUACAAGUUGAGCCAUUUUAAUUUUUUA